CAUCCAUUCUUAAAUCUGGCGUCUGGCAACGCUUUUCAUUCGCUGUUGGCUUUUAAUUAAUAAAAUGUGCAUCUUCCAUGCGUUUACUUGAAUUCAUUUACAAAUUCAUUUUUCGAUAUAUAAAGUAUGCAUAGAUUUAAUAAUAAUCGUUCCUCGAUGUCUAGAUUGCAUAAUGGACGAAAUAGCCGCGGUAACUCAAAUGUCAGAACACAUGGUGAUGCUAGUGGUAACUUGGAGGAAGAUUGGCUUACACCAACUUUCGUUACCCCAAGUGUGGCAGAGACGCAAUGGGAAGCUGAAACCGCGCAGACACUCUUGUCAUCAGAGCUAAUCACUUCCAAUUCGGAUGUGGAUAAUAACAAUGUCAGCUUGGUAAUUGCUGCAGAAGAUUUGAAAGAGCGUACAGAUGAAACUGAGCUGAGUGCUGAAUCUCAAAUGCAGAACUUUAUGAUAUGCGUACAAUCGCAUGCUGCAAUUCCCGAAUAUGCGUUGUCAGAGGAAGUGUUCAAUGUAGACAAGCCGUUGGAAGCUGUUCGCCUGGGUGCUGAAUUGCCUUCUAAAACGCUUUCACAAGCGCACACAGUUGGCAAUAAAUUGUUACUAACUAUUACUGAGGUCUAUAGCCCGUUUCAGUUCUGGUUUCAAGAGGCUGAAGAUGCGGACAUGCUGAGGCAGAUGUCCUAUGAGAUGUACAAUUUGUAUAGUGAUUCUCGUGGAUUGUCCUGGAAUCUGGCAUUAUACUUUAUAAAACCUGGUUACAUUUGCGCUGCCUAUCACGAAUGUAUAUGGAAGCGUGCUCGCAUUAUGAACGUGUUGUCCACCAACGAGGUGACUGUCUAUUGUGUGGACUAUGGCCAGUGUGCUCAGUUGUCGACAAAGCAGCUGAACUUUUUGCACAAGAGAUUCAUGGAGCAACCAGCGAUUUCGAUGCGUGGCACCCUGACAGAUGUGUAUCCCUUGGACUAUCAUUGGCCGGCGGAUGCGACGUUGCACUUUAAGCGUCUGGUGCGUGGACGUGAUCUUUAUGCCAUUAUUAAAGACACUGAUUUGGAGGAACGUAUUCUCUUUGUUAAUAUAUUUGAGAAAUCGGAUUUUCAGCACAGCAUCAGUGAGCAGUUGAUUAGUGCUCGCUUAGCCGGCUUUAGUCGAAAUUAUAGCGAUGAGACGAUCAAAGAAAACAACGGACGACGUGUUCGCUAUAUACGCGAACGUCUGCCCAGCUUUGACAUGCUGGAACAGCAAUUGUUUGUCGUUGAUUCGGAGAAGGAUGAGGAGAUGUUCGAUAAUAUCGUUUAUAAUUCACAAUUUUAUAAGCAUUUCGUGGCACCCAAAUUGGCCAAUCCCUUUCGUUAUAAGCUCGAGGAAGCGCUGGCCAACUGGUUGGAGAAAUUCAAGCGCAGGAAGGAAUUGGAAAUGAGUUCGAUUUCAUAAACAUAUGUACAGAUAAUACGUAUAUUAUAUAUCAAGUACAUAUGUAUAUAGUAUAAUAAAAAGUGCAAACAUUUUUUGUUUUAUUAAUUUUAUUUUGCACAUUAAAUGCUAAAAUUACGUGUUCUAGGGCUAAGAUAUAUGUUGUAUAAUUUGUGUUGGGCGAACGCGAUUUGAGUUAGCCCAUAAAUUCUGCUUCAAUACAAAAAUCACAGCAAUUCUUAGCAUAGUAGAAUAAUAUUUUCUGAUCAUGAACUACAAUUGUUGUGCAAAUUUCUUAUUAAGUUCUCUGUCUCACUUCAUCAUAAUUUGCUUUAAUUCAUAUUUAAAUUCAAAUUAUAUUCGGCACCUCAUGGAGGUGACUUUGAUAACUUAAAUAAUAAGGCGAACGAAAC